AUGUGCGCUCCCCGCGUGGCUAAUUUCUCCGCCCAUGCGAAGUCUCAGCACCGAGUAUGAAAGGGGAAAUUAUUGCACUUGUUAAUGGACUGGGGACCAGUAAACCAUGAUUAAAGUCGCACUCGGCUCACACAGUUGUCACCGCUUGCGAGAAUUUCGGCCUCGUCGAGUUUGAAUGUGUGGCCGGAUCUCGUCGAAUGAGCCGCAACUUGAGAGCUGGCGUCAUUUCUCCGCAUCGCUGCAGCCUGUUCGGCCAUUCUCGUUCGGAGCUGUCUUCCGGUUUCUCUGACAUAGUUGCCUUGUCCGAAACUGCACCAGGUCCGACAAACGACUCCAUAAUUUCUUGACAUGGCAGCGGGUCUUUUGGUUUCAUUAUCUGACGCCUGAUGCCUGCCUCAGGUCUGUGUGUAACUCCAAACCCAAAUGGUGCGAGAAGGCGGCCGACAGCUUGCGAAACUUUCUUGACAUACGAUGGCGCUCGCCAAAGUUUGGUGCCCGUACAGUUAGGCCUUUCGUUCCUUUUGCAUUAGCACAGGUUGACCAAUUUGUGCGGGUAGCUAUUGGCUUUGAAGACCCGUCGGAUGUAUUGUAAUUCGGCAAUUUUGUCUUUCGGCUCACUGCAGUGCGUUUCGACACGCCGAUAGAGGGUCCUUACACAACUGCGUUUGUGGCGGAUUGGGUGGUUGCUGUUGAAGUUCAGUACUUGCAUCGUAUUUGUCGCUUUUCUGAAGCCUUUGGUUUUCAGUUCACCACAAUCUUUGCGGCAUACGAGGACAUCCAGGAAGGCCAGCUGGUUGUUCUCUUCCUCCUCCAUCGUAAAUUGUAUGUCCGGGAAGACCGCAUUCAGAUGUUCGUUAAAGGUCAGCAGUUGAUCCUGGUCGAGCAAGGUCAAGCCGCUGGUUUUAAAUUUGAAGAUAAGGGGGGGGAUAUUAUUUUAAGUGGUUUUUCUGUGAGACCUAACGAUUUUAGUACCUGUUUUUUUGGUUGAAUUUCCUUAAAUAGAGGCCUCUUCUCUCAGAACUGCCUGCUGCCAUCUCCUUUCGAGUUCUGCUAAUCUAUGCCCGUUGUUCACUAAUCGCACUCUGCAAUUCUCAUUUUGUGCAUCCGAUUUCUCUCUAACUGUUGUAAUUUAUUUUUACAUCGUUAGCGCCUAGCUUAAAUUCAGUCAACUUGUCUGCCAGAAGUUUUCUUAAUCACAAAUUGCCUCGAGACAAGAAGAGACCAAAAGUCACUGGUCGACGUAAGCUCUCGGCUUCUGUAAGUAAGCAUGGCCUAACUAAACGUAAGUCAGAAGCUUUACCUAAAUCUAAGUCAGAUGAUAUUACUAGUCAGUCGUCACCCGUUGUAAUUGGUCGGCAGCUUGAUCUGUCUGCACUUGACCACUGCAAUGACUUUAUGUUAAAGUUUGGCUCUUUGCUGACAAAUCUCGGACAUUUAUUCGACGGGAACAUCUCCGAUAUUCCCUCUGAAGAAUGUAGGCGUCUCGACUCACUUGUUCACCUGAUCGCCAGUGAAUCUAGUGAUAGACAGAAGCGUUCUUACAACUUCCUGCUAAAAAUGUUCCUCGAUCUGCUCUGACAAUUGAUGUUGCGACCAAUUUCCUGUACUCAUGUGGUUUCAACUACAAAAUAGCCGAUGCCAAACGCUUGUCCUCCCGUAGUACAAAUCCACCCAUCUUAGUCAAAUUGUUUUCAUCAAUUGAGGUUGACACAAUCUUUACUCAUCGAGAGCGUGUCCCUCCGUACCUAGAGAAGGCAAAAUUUUCCCUUUGUCAUGAUCUUACUCCUAUGGAGCGUAGAAUGGGGUCUCUAUUCUCACGUAAACCCAAUGCUUCUCAGUCUAAUGCUCCCCAACUCGGUCAUAAUACAAGUGGCCGUAAGGAUUCAGCUUCUUCUACUCCUGCGACAUCUGACUUCCUCCUUUCUCUUUCUCCUACAUCUCCAUCUCACUCGAGCCACUUGACGCAUUUGCCUGCCCCUAAACUUACAGCAGCAGCAGCAGCAGCAGCAGCAGCAGCAGCAGCAGCAGCAGCAGCAGCAGCAGCAGCAGCAGCAGCAGCAGCAGCAGCAGCAGCAGCAGCAGCAGCAGCAGCAGCAGCAGCAGCAGCAGCAGCAGCAGCAGCAGCAGCAGCAGCAGCAGCAGCAGCCCCAGUUGUCGUUUCGUAUCCUCCGGAUAGUCCCGCUGAGACACAUGAAAAUCCGUCUACAUCAGCUAGACCGAUAA